CUCCUUAAACGUAUUAACUUAUACGUUUACAUUCGUACCAUUUGAAAAUAUGAAAUUUUUCGAGAAUGAAUCAAUAAAUUAGAAUAAGAUCAAUGUCCAAAUGAUUUAUCACUGAAUUAAAUUCAUUGCAAUAUACUAUUUUUUUUAAUCAAGCAGUAACUUCUGAUAUGGCGACGUAAUUUAGAUUUCAUAUAGUCAGAACUUCCUUUGUAUUUUCUCACACGUUUCCGUCUUCGUAAUUAUUUUGUUCGUGUAGUCGGAGGUUACUUCAUAAUUAAGAUGGCACCUCGUUACGAGAUGGCAGUUGGUCUCCAACGUGGUCACAGGACAACAAAGAUUGUUAUGGGAAAGACUAAGAAGGAUAAGAAGAACCCAAUCAGGCCCGCUAGGCUCAAAGGAUUGCAAACAAAGCACACCAAGUUUGUUCGUGACUUGAUCCGCGACGUGUGUGGCCACGCCCCCUACGAGAAGAGAGCCAUGGAGUUGCUGAAGGUCUCCAAGGACAAGAGAGCGCUCAAGUUCCUCAAGAGGAGGCUGGGAACACACAUCCGUGCCAAGAGGAAGCGUGAAGAGUUGAGCAACAUCCUGACCCAGAUGAGGAAGGCUCAGGCUCAGGCCAAGUAAUUGCUUCUUAAUUAAACAUUUGUCUAAAUAA